AUGUCGUCCGCCAGCAAUGCCAGCGACAUACAUGAUUCAGACUUGGAUAAUACCAAAAAGGGCGCUGGAGCUUCUGCGCAGGAGAUCCCGCGCGAUGGAGGAUCAGAAGGCGAAACCAGCGCAGCGGAUUCCUCAGCUGCCUCGUUGGGCUCAAGAAAAGCAUUAUGGGCUUUUCUAAUUCUGUGCUAUUCGACCGGUCCGACAGCUUCUAUGGUUUUCAACUAUGUUUCUGCUGCGAUUCAGUCUGCUGCCAACCUGGUGGGCCAUCAGCCGGGAUCAGACAAACCGUGCGGCCGACGCGGAAGCAAUAUCAAAUGUGUAGUCAAGUUCGGAGCCGGCGAAAUUGACUAUCUCAGUUACCUCUUGUACUUGCGGGCAAUUGGUCGCGCCAUGGAGGGUGUGAUCACUAUUCUUGUAUCUGGACUGGCAGAUUAUUCCAGCUAUCGGAAAACCAUGAUGAUGGUGUCAAUCAUCCUUUUCGGUGCUUUAGCUCUCCCGUUUGCGGGUUUGACGGAGUCCAAUUACAGCCACCUCACCGCCCUCUCUGUCUUGUACUGCACCUUAACGACUAUUCAGGGUGUUUAUGUUGUCAUUGAAGCGUCUUAUAUUCCUAUCUUUAUGCGCUCCGUGGGUUGGUUUCGGCCCCGACAACCGGCGUUGCCGGCAGACGCGGCUGCAGACUCCAGCGGAUUAGAAAAGCGAACAUGGACAAAGGGUUUCACUGUUAGCGUUCUUGCAUUGGUGGCCGGCAAUCUUGGUGGCUUGACUGCACUAAUCAUCGGUGUCAUCCUUGUUUAUUCCCGAGGGUCAUAUGUCAAAAUUGGCUACCACAACUACCUCCUUGCGAUCACCAUCGGUGGUUGCAUAACGAUACUCUUUGCGACCAUUGGCCAAUUCCUAUUACCUGCCAUAGAGGGCAAAAAGCGGCCAAAAGGCGCGGAUGUUUUCCUCCUCCCAGCGAGAGGCUGGCUUCUAAUGGUUUCCUCGGUGCGUCGCUACCCCGAAGCAUUCAAACUCUGCAUCGGCUGGGUUCUCUGGCACACCUCCUACUCCAACUACCUCGGUUUGAUCCAGUCACUUUUCCUUCAAGUCACUGGUAUCAGCAACGGAUCUGGUGUCUACCAAGUGUGGUCCUUCACCAACGUCAUUUUCGCAUGCAUGGGAAGUUUGGGGUUCCUCUUCAUUUUCCCCCGUAUCCAAGCUCCUAUCAAGAGCUGGGCAUAUGUCUUUUUAGCCGUUAAUUUCCUCUGCAUUUUUUGGGGCUGUAUCGGAAUCAGCAACAACGUCCCGAUUGGGUACAAGCACACUGCCGAAUUUUGGGUGGAGCAAGUUCUCUUUAUGAGUACGAGCAGUGCCCUCCGGUCGUAUAACCGAGCGGUUUACUCAUCGCUGAUUCCAAAAGGAUCUGAAGCCCAGUUUUUUGGGCUUGAGAUCACGCUGGAUCUUGCCACUGGUUGGAUCAAUCCUCUCGUGCAAGGAGUUAUCCAGAAUAGGACUAAUAACUUGCGGUUCCCAAUGCUUGCCAACGUCCUGCUGAUCUCGGUAGCAAUUUUGCUUUACAUCUGGGUUGACAUUCCAAAGGGCAUUGAAGAUGCGAAGGUACCCCUUGGAGAGACGCCGACCGACACGGUUCCUGAAUAG